AUGCUAUCCCGACGAUUCGCCAGCUCCGUUGCGUCCUCCUCGACAACUGGAGGUUCCCGGAAGAUCGUGCUCGUCGGAGCCGGAUUCCUCGGCUCAUAUAUCGCCCGAGCACUCAUCGCUGAUCCUCGAAAUCGCGUUCAGAUCGUCUCUCGCAAUCCGCAGAAACUGUACGACACCCUUCGUCCGCUCGGGACACAGAUACUCCCCCCACACUCCUCAGAUAUCACGAAUCCAGAUACGACCGAGCUCAACAAGGCUUUAGAUGGCGCAGCGGCUGUGGUGUCUCUGGUGGGUGUGCUGGCGGGCACAGAGAAGAUCAUGCAGGAAGUUCAGUUGCGGGGGGCAGAACGAGUGGCAGAGGCGGCGAAGAAGGGAGGUGUAGGGAGGAUCGUGAUGAUGAGUGCGAUAGGGUCAGAUCGGAACGGUGAGACACCAUACUUCCGGACGAAGGCUCAAGCCGAGGACAUCUUCCUUGCAACAAGUCCAACCGCGACGAUCAUCCGGCCGUCUAUCGUCUUUGGUCCUGGUGAUUCCUUCUUCAACCGAUUCUCAGCUCUGGCCAAGUUCCUUCCGUUCCUGCCGGUGUUCGGCGGCGGUGUGGUCAAGUUCCAGCCUGUAUAUGUUGGCGACGUCGCUCGAGCGGUGGAGAUUUGCUGCAGGGACGACCCAAAAGUCGUAGAGCAGGUCGGAGGGAAGAUUAUCGAAGCUGGCGGGCCUGAUGUCUUCACAUAUCGCGAGAUCAUGGGUCUGGUUUUGAGAUACUCUGGCCUGAAGCGGUUCAUCAUCUCGCUACCAUACUGGGUCGGCAUGAUCCAGGGCGCUGUCUUGGAGAGACUGCCCGAGAACAUCUUCACUCUGACUCGGGAUCAGGUGAAACAGCUCAAAUACGACAAUAUCGUCUCCCCGACUCCACCCCUCAACUCCCUCUCUUUCACCCAGCUCCUCACCGCCUUCCCCUCCUCCCUUCCCUCCUCCUCUCCGCCCGAGCGCGACGCAGGAUUGAAGAGCGUCCAUGACAUUCUGCCGACCUACCUCGGUCCCGCAGAAGCUAGGGAGGAAGGCAAGCGGACGCAUGGACGUAAAGCCGGCGGAUUUGAAGAUGUGCAGAAGUUGAAGAGCAGGACCAAGUAG